AUGUCGUCUCAGCACCAAAAUACAAAGUUCGAAGGCGGCGCCCAGGCCCAGCACAACCCGCACCCGGACUUCAAAUCCGUCGAGGCCACCCGGCCCCCCUUCGACGCCUCCCUCGGCAUCCGCUACACAAAGACGGUCGACCCGGACUGGAAGUUCGGCUCCGGCGCAAACGCUCUCGGCCAGUCCACCGCCCCCCACAUCGCCAUCGACCCGUACGAGGAGGGCCGCCCGGCCGGCUUCAACUACAAGCUCCUCAUCUCCUCCAUCGUCCCGCGCCCCAUCGCCUUCCUGUCCACCCGCUCCGCCGACGGCGCCGUCACGAACCUCGCGCCCUUUAGCUACUUCAACAUGGUGAACCACGACCCGCCCCUGUUUGUCGUGGGCUUCGCCGCCUCGGUCGAGAAGCCCAAGGACUCGCUCAAGUGCCUGCUCGAGAGCAAGGAGUGCGUCAUCAACAUCAUCAGCGAGGGCUACCUCGAGGCCGCCAACUCGACGAGUGUCAACGCGCCGUACGGCAAGAGCGAGUGGGAGGUCAGCGGGCUGACUCCCGUGCACGACUGUAAGCACGUCAAGGCCGCCCGCGUCAAGGAGGCCGUCUUCGCCAUCGAGGGCAAGCUCGACUUCUUCAAGGAGUACGACUCCAAGUCCACGCCGGGCAAGAAGAGCGGCGUCGUCGCCUUCAUCGAGGGCGUCAACUUUUGGGUGAGGGAGGAUGCCAUCAACGAGGACAAGAACAUUGUCGACCCCAAGGUCCUUCGCCCUGUUAGCAGAUUAGGCGGCAUCACCUACGGACGCACCACUGAGGUCCUGGAGAUCCCAAGGGCGGACUGGGACAAGAACGUUGGUGGCGAAGAGGGCUGGGAAAAGAUUGCCAAGGGAAAGCAGUAG